AUGUUCAAGUCUACCUUUGUUUAUUUAUUGCCACAAUGGUUCAACAAAUCUUCUCGCUCACAGCACCAGCAGCUGCCAAUUGACCCAAAGACCAUUCCAAAGAGCUUUAAUGUUCAAAACCAUGACAACAAGUUGAUUAAUAUCAAAAUGGAUUCGACACAAGCCGGCGAACAAGGUGGUGACGCGGAGGAUGAUGAUGAAUAUGUGGAAAUAUCAACAACACCGUUAUCUUAUGCAGAAGUAGCGCAAUUGGGAUUGAACAAAGAACCAGCAAAUUUACAGAUUCCAAAGGCUCUUCCAAGUAGAGGCAAAAUCGACCAGAAUCAAUAUACUAUUUUGCCUGAUAAUCGUGAGUCAGACACUUGUGUUGCUGGUAAUGACCUUGAUGAGUUUUCCCUUUUCAAAACCGGCGAUGAAUAUGAAAGGUCUCAAAAUUACAAGGGUAAGCAAUUGGAAAUGAAUAAAAUGAGGAAAGUUAAGUCAAGAGAAAUGAAGAAAAAACGGAAAAGCUGA